CGCCCCGCCCCGCGGAGCUGCGUGCGGCGGCGGGCGGAGGGGCCGCGGGGAGAGCUGGGCAGCGGGCGCCGCCGCCGCCUGCUCGGGCGCAGCGGGGCGAGCGGGCAGCCCGACGGGGCCGGGGCCGCGGCCAUGGAUCACUACGACGCGCAGCAGACCAACGACUACAUGCAGCCGGAGGAGGACUGGGACCGGGACCUGCUCCUGGACCCCGCCUGGGAGAAGCAGCAGAGGAAGACAUUUACAGCAUGGUGUAAUUCUCACCUCCGCAAGGCCGGGACACAGAUUGAGAACAUAGAGGAAGAUUUCAGGGAUGGUCUUAAACUCAUGUUACUUCUGGAAGUCAUUUCAGGUGAACGUUUGGCUAAGCCUGAAAGAGGCAAAAUGCGAGUGCACAAAAUCUCCAAUGUGAACAAGGCCCUGGAUUUCAUUGCCAGCAAAGGAGUCAAACUAGUAUCUAUUGGAGCAGAAGAAAUCGUGGAUGGCAAUGUUAAAAUGACUCUUGGAAUGAUAUGGACCAUCAUCCUUCGUUUUGCCAUUCAGGAUAUCUCAGUGGAAGAGACAUCUGCUAAAGAAGGACUUUUGUUAUGGUGUCAGAGGAAGACAGCCCCCUACAAAAAUGUAAACAUCCAGAACUUCCAUAUCAGUUGGAAGGACGGCCUUGGUUUCUGCGCUUUGAUUCACAGACACCGUCCAGAGCUUAUUGACUAUGGGAAGCUACGAAAGGAUGAUCCUCUCACUAAUCUAAACACAGCCUUUGAUGUGGCUGAGAAAUAUCUGGAUAUCCCCAAAAUGCUGGAUGCAGAAGACAUUGUUGGAACUGCCCGUCCUGACGAGAAGGCCAUCAUGACCUAUGUUUCUAGCUUCUACCACGCCUUCUCAGGAGCCCAGAAGGCGGAGACAGCAGCAAAUCGUAUCUGCAAGGUGCUGGCAGUCAAUCAAGAAAAUGAACAGCUCAUGGAAGACUAUGAAAAACUGGCCAGUGAUCUGCUGGAGUGGAUCCGUCGCACCAUCCCCUGGCUGGAGAACCGGGCGCCAGAGAACACCAUGCAAGCCAUGCAGCAGAAACUGGAGGACUUCCGGGACUACCGCCGCCUGCACAAGCCCCCAAAAGUCCAGGAGAAAUGCCAACUUGAGAUCAAUUUCAACACUUUGCAGACCAAGCUGCGGCUCAGCAAUAGGCCAGCCUUCAUGCCUUCGGAAGGGAAAAUGGUCUCGGACAUAAACAAUGCUUGGGGAGGCCUAGAGCAGGCUGAGAAGGGCUAUGAGGAGUGGUUGUUGAAUGAGAUCCGGAGGCUAGAGAGGCUGGACCACCUGGCGGAGAAGUUUCGGCAGAAGGCAUCUAUUCACGAGUCCUGGACAGAUGGUAAAGAAGCAAUGUUGCAGCAGAAGGAUUAUGAAAUUGCUACACUCUCAGAGAUAAAGGCUCUGCUGAAGAAACACGAGGCCUUUGAGAGCGACCUGGCUGCGCACCAAGACCGUGUAGAACAGAUUGCUGCUAUUGCACAAGAGCUCAAUGAGCUGGACUAUUACGAUUCACCAAGUGUCAAUGCCAGGUGCCAGAAGAUCUGUGAUCAGUGGGAUAAUCUGGGUGCCUUAACCCAGAAACGCAGAGAAGCCUUGGAGAGGACAGAGAAGCUACUGGAAACAAUUGAUCAGUUGUACCUGGAAUACGCCAAACGAGCUGCCCCUUUCAAUAACUGGAUGGAAGGGGCCAUGGAGGAUCUGCAGGACACAUUCAUUGUUCACACCAUUGAGGAGAUCCAGGGAUUGACCACAGCUCACGAACAGUUUAAAGCCACGUUGCCGGAUGCUGACAAGGAGCGACAGGCCAUCCUGGGAAUUCACAAUGAAGUCUCAAAGAUUGUCCAAACGUACCAUGUCAACAUGGCCGGAACAAAUCCUUACACCACAAUUACCCCACAGGAGAUCAACAGCAAAUGGGAACACGUGCGGCAACUGGUUCCCAGAAGGGAUCAAGCCUUGAUGGAAGAACAUGCUCGCCAGCAGCAAAAUGAACGACUUCGUAAACAAUUUGGUGCACAGGCCAAUGUAAUUGGACCCUGGAUCCAGACCAAGAUGGAGGAGAUCGGCCGUAUUUCGAUAGAGAUGCAUGGGACCCUGGAGGACCAGCUCAACCACUUGCGGCAGUAUGAGAAAAGCAUUGUGAACUACAAACCAAAGAUUGACCAGUUGGAGGGAGACCACCAGCAGAUUCAGGAGGCGCUUAUCUUUGACAACAAGCACACCAACUACACCAUGGAGCAUAUCCGAGUGGGUUGGGAGCAGCUACUAACAACAAUUGCUAGAACCAUCAACGAAGUGGAAAACCAGAUUCUGACCCGUGAUGCCAAAGGAAUCAGCCAGGAACAGAUGAAUGAAUUCCGGGCUUCUUUCAACCAUUUUGACAGGGACCACUCCGGCACACUUGGCCCUGAGGAAUUCAAAGCCUGUCUCAUCAGCUUGGGUUACGAUAUUGGAAACGAUGCACAGAAGAAGACUGGUAUGAUGGAUUGUGAAGAUUUCCGAGCCUGCCUUAUCUCCAUGGGUUACAAUAUGGGAGAGGCAGAGUUUGCCCGCAUCAUGAGCAUCGUUGACCCUAAUCGCAUGGGAGUAGUGACCUUCCAGGCCUUCAUCGAUUUCAUGUCCCGGGAAACAGCAGAUACAGACACUGCUGACCAGGUUAUGGCUUCCUUCAAGAUCCUGGCUGGAGACAAGAACUACAUCACUGUGGACGAAUUACGGCGGGAACUGCCUCCAGAUCAGGCUGAAUAUUGCAUUGCUAGAAUGGCACCAUACCAUGGCCACGAUGCUGUACCCGGUGCCCUGGACUACAUGUCCUUCUCCACAGCGCUCUAUGGCGAAAGUGACCUUUAACUUUUUUCUAUCCCACCACACGCUCCCUCCCCUCUCCCCCAUCCAACACACCCUUCUUUCUCUUUGCAAAGCAGCCUCUGCUCCGCUCUUUUUUUGUGUUUCCCUGUUUUGCUUCAGAUAACAGAUCACCUUUUUAAGUGGGAGGGGGGGGACAUUGACAUGACACCGCCUACCUUGCCCUUGAAAUUACAGUUUACAAAAUUAUUUUCUGCAAAAAAGUUACAUUUUAAAAAGAACAGACAUAUUUUAUUAUAGAAAAAAGGUAUUUUUCUCCACCAGAUUGAAACUUAAAAAGAAAAUGUUAAAAUAUUGCACCAAAUAUUUUUUGUUGUGACAUAGAAAGUCGAGCACAAUGUUACAUUCCAUCCUUUCCAAAAAGAACCAAACAAAAACAAAAAGCCACUUGUUCUGUUAACUUUUACAUUUGCGUAUGUCUCUUUAUCACGUUUAUCUUGGGAGGGGGGAAGGCACACAAGUGCAUGUGUUUGCUGGUUCACUCAUUUCAUGAAAAUAUUUUAUGAUAAACUUUUGAAAUUGCUGUGUUUUCUAGGGAAAAAAUAAUGUACACAGCUCAUGUUUUCAUAUUUAAUUAAAAAAUACAAUAUGCCUCCUAUGUUUAUCAGUGCACAACUUUUUUUGUUGCUGAGAGUUGUCUGGUUUCAGAACAUGAAGCUUGAGAGUUGAUAACUUUGAUAUUGCUUGUCACAAACCAUAUUAAAAAUUACUUGUGAUAACAAA